AUGGCGGACGCGAGCGAGGGGCGGGACGUGCGCGUGCGCGACGUCGUCGUCCUCGGCGGUGGGUUCGCGGGUCUCCACGCGGCGCGAUGCGCGACGAUGGUGCAUCCCGAACGCGUCGGCGGCGGUGGCGGUGGGGACGACGGACGCUUUCGACGCCUCGACGUCGUCGUCCUCGAGGGAGGGGACGAACCGGGAGGACGGGUGAAAGUCACGCGAGAUCUCGCGCCGUGGGACGUGAAUCUCGGACCGGAGUUCGUGCACGGGGAUGAAAACAGCGCGCUGAAGCGGUUCGCCGACGCGUGCGGGUUCGCGACGUUCGAGCGCGAGUGGCCGGAUAGGUACUUUCUAGGAGACGAAGGAGUGUUAAUGGGCGCCGAUGAGGCGGAGACGAAGAAUGUGGACGUGAAGCUCGUGCACGAGCUCUUCGAUGAGCUCCCGAACGCGCCGAAAGAGGGCGAGGGUGAUCUCACGGCGCUGGAGUGGUUGACGACGCGCGUCAAGGCGCCGGAGAGAGUGAUUAAACUGGCGGAAAACAUAUACGCGAACGAUUUUUGCGCAUCGCUCGGGAAGCUUGGGAUGCGAGAGCUCAUCGAGGAGAAGAAGGGUUGGAUAUACGGGGAGAAGUAUUUGAUUUUGGAUCGUCCGCUUCGAGAGGUGGCAUUGGCCCUCGCCGACGGCUUGGACGUGCGCUUGGGUUGGGAGAUCGAGAGCGUCGAUUACUCUCGUCCGGGCGCGGUCAAGAUCAAGCGGCGAGGAUCAAACGAGGUUAUCACCGCGAGAAAGUGCAUCGUGACCUUGCCCGUGACGACGUUGCGAUCGGAGUGUCCGGGAAAUCGCGUCAAGUUUAUUCCACGAUUGCCCGCGGCAAAAGUACGCGCCGCGGAGACCAUACAGAUGGGCAACGCCUCCAAGGUUUUCCUCGGAUUCCGGAAACGUCUUUGGCCGAGUGAUUUAUUUGACGUAGUGUGCACGAACUGCUUCUUGCCAGAGUUUUGGAUCACGGAGUAUCCAAAGUCUUCCGUCGCUCGCGAAGCCAAGUCCACCAAGGAAGCGGCGCUCAUCGCCGAGACGGUCGGGUUGGUGACGUUUUUUGUCGCGGGCGACUUGGCUGGUGAGCUAGACAGGAUGCCCGAACAUAUUGUUUUCAAGAGGGCAAUCGAGCAGCUCGACAUGAUCUUCGACACGUCUUGCGCCGAACACGUUACGACGAAGAAAAUUGUCAGCUGGUCGCAAGAGAGGUUAGUUCAAGGAGCGUACACGCAUCCGACCGUGAACGCGGGUGACGCUCGGAUGAUGCUAGCCGCUCCCGUGGCGAACACGUUAUUCUUCGCUGGAGAAGCGACGCACACCGGCGUCAAUCCAUGCUUGCAAGGAGCCAUGGAGACUGGCGAGCGUGCAGCCGCCCAAGUGCGUGCGUCAAUCCUCGGCAUUGGAGGUCAUAGCAAACUUUAG